GAUUGAGUCUGCCCAGUCAGCGAAAACAUCCUAGAGACACAUUAUCAUUCAUGCACUUGUGUUUAACUGCAUAACGUUACACUUUUCUUUUAAGCCGCGAUGUUUACCAUAUUUACAAAGAUAAAAGACCGCGUCGAGGCUUUUUUGAACGAGAAGAAUAUAGUCACUGACUUUCUCAAUAAAAUCGAAGAAAAAACAGGCAUCAAGAAACGUUAUUUAGCGCUCGGUGCUGUUGGUGUGACUGGAGCAUAUUUAUUAUUUGGAUACGGUGCAUCUCUGCUCUGUAAUCUGAUUGGUUUUGUUUACCCCGCAUAUUACUCUAUCAAAGCAAUAGAAAGUCCUGAUAAGGAGGAUGACACACAAUGGCUGACAUACUGGGUAAUCUACGGCUUCUUCAGCGUGGGUGAAUUCUUCUCUGACAUUUUUCUCCACUGGUUUCCUUUCUACUAUGUGUGUAAGUGCUUGUUCCUGUUGUGGUGCAUGGCUCCAGUCUCCUGGAAUGGUUCUCAGAUACUGUACAGGCAUAUGGUGCGGCCAUUUUUCCUGAAGCAUGAAGCCAGAGUAGAUGAGAUGGUCAACAAUAUAGGAGGGAAGGCCAUGUCAGCAGCUGAGAACGCCACGAGAGAGGUUCUUCAGACUCUAGUGAGAAACCGAACUAUCGGCCCAGCUCAGCCUGAAGCCAGAAGACUGCCCAGUUCUGCUCCUACUGAACCCACUGUUGAUUAAAUAAGUUUUCAGUGUGUAUGAGAAAUACAGGUGGCCAAAGUGAUCUGAGGAUGACACCAACAUGCAAGAGAUGCAGCAUCAGAAAACCGAAGACAUAAAUUCUGACAGCUGUAUCAUAUGUUCUCAUUGUAAAGACCUCAAUGGGUGAACCGAUGCCUGAUAUUCACACAGCCAUUGUCAGGAGUGGAGUUUUGGACUUUAUAGUUUAAUAACCCGGUGUAUUUAUUUUCACUGUUCAUAUAAAUUUGUUCAGCACUAAAACAUAGCAAAACAAAAAUGUACUUUAGGAAAUUCAACCAAAAUUCAACAUUGUAUUUGUUAUUUAUUUAUGGGUAGUAAUUUGUUGUAUUCAUGGCAUCUGUCAGGGAUUUUGUAAUUUUAUUAUUUGAUAGAAAUUUAAAUCUUCAAUAAAUAUUUUGUAUUCACCGUUUGAAAAGAUA